AUGGCUGAUCUUACACUCACAGCUUCGGGGUACUACCUGAAAGAGUCCAAAGGAAGCAGAAGGUGGUUAAUAUUUCUGGAGGGUGGCUGGUUCUGCUUCAACAAAGAGAACUGUGACAGCAGAUACGAGACCAUGAGGAGGCUCAUGAGCUCCUCCAAAUGGCCACAAACCAAGACAGGCACAGGAAUACUUUCUUCGCUUCCAGAGGAAAACCCACACUGGUGGAAUGCCAACAUGGUGUUCAUCCCAUAUUGCUCAAGUGAUAUAUGGAGUGGAGCCACACCAAAAACUGAUCAAAAUGACUAUGCGUUCAUGGGUUCACUGAUCAUAAAGGAAGUUGUAAAGGACCUGCUCACCAAGGGUCUGGAUAAUGCUAAGAUACUUCUGUUGGCUGGAAGCAGCGCGGGUGGCACUGGGGUGUUGCUGAAUGUGGACCCAGUAUCUGAGCUUCUGGAGGAGUUGGGUCACAUAAACAUCCAGGUCAGGGGUCUGUCUGACUCUGGCUGGUUCUUGGACAACAAACAAUACCGCUGCACUGACUGCGUGGACACCAUCAACGGUGCCCCCACUGAGGUCAUCAAGAGAGGAAUCAAAUACUGGGGCGAUGUGGUACCAGAACGAUGCCGACAGGCUUAUGAAGGAAAAGAAUGGAACUGCUUCUUUGGAUAUAAAGUUUAUCCUAUCAUUAAACGCCCUGUGUUUAUAGUGCAGUGGCUGUUUGAUGAAGCCCAGCUAACGGUAGACAACAUUCAUCUGACGGGACAGCCGGUUCAAGAAGGACAGUGGCGUUAUAUUCAGAAUCUAGGGACUGAGCUGAGGAACACUCUGAAGGAUGUCCCUGCCAUCUUUGCUCCUGCUUGCCUUUCGCAUGAAUUCAUAACAAGAAAUUACUGGACAGACGUCCAAGUCAAAGGCACGUCUUUACCCAGAGCGCUCCACUGCUGGGACCGCAGUCUACAAGAAAACAGCCGAAAUAAUAAAUCCCCUUCCAAAGGCUGUCCCGUGCACUUGAUCGACAGCUGUCCAUGGCCUCACUGCAACCCGACGUGCCCGACGAUCCGAGACCAGUCGACGGGACAGGAGAUGAACGUAAUCCAGUUCCUCAUGCACAUGGGCUUUGAUGUACAGAAGAUGGCCCAUCAGCAGGGCAUGGACCCAAGUAAGCUACUGGGCAUGCUCAGCAGCGGCAGCUAAAUACCAUGGAAGGACUCGCUCCCGGUUGGGACCGUGAUUCCCAUCAGUCCGUUUGAUACCUCCAACUCCACACUCGCCUCAGCUUUGACCUCAGGCUAAGCCCUGCAUUUAGUCGGGGCUCUGUGCCAACUCUCUAUGGGCUUCUGUCUCCAGAUCUCCUCAUUAAUGAUCAGUUGGUUUCCAUUUUGCUCCAGUCUACACUAUUAUCACUGAGCAGCUUGGAGAUGGAGACGCCCAAAAUGAAAAAAAGAUUUGGAACAGAGCCCUUGUCAGAUAAACCAUGGGCUGCUGACUGUUUAAUGGUUCCCAACACAACACGGUACAAAUGAAAGUACUGAAGAACCAUGUAACCAGGACAAUGUACACCAGCAUCUUUGCUCUUAAUUUAUAUUUUGGUUAUAAAAGUAUCACGAAUGUAAUCCAGUUUUACGGAUCUUCAGCAUUGUUGUUUGCUUUUUUUUUUUACCAAUAUAGUAAGCCACAGUUUAUUAGAGUUUUAUGUGUCCAUUCAGUGGAAGUAAAUACAGAGAGCAAGAGAACAUAGAUUAUCGAUUAUAGUUUAUAAAUUGAGUUUACGAAGUACAUAUAAAAUAUAUGGAUCUACUAAAGAAUCUUAAAAACAGGAAUUUCGGAACAGGCAGACAUGGGAUCACCUACUCUAAACCCAACAUCUUUCUUGGGGUAUGGCUAAGUUAUGAUAAAAUGUCAUCAUAAUAGUUAAGGAAUAGUCAGCCCUGUAAUAAAUUGUCACCAUUUACUUAAUUCCCAUGCCACUGAAAACAUGAAUU